GUUUUUUGAUUUUUUUUUUAUUGUUGCACGACUGCGAACGCCGAGAUAGAAGCCGAGAUUUGAAGACCAUCGAAAAACGCUAAUCCGAGUUGCGACAAAAUAAAACGCGGGAACGCGUAAACGCAAAACAAAAAGAUUCAAAACAACUGCUACUAUGCGCUAUGUUCUGUUGAUGCCGAUGUCGGUCUCCAAUGGUUUCGCUUGAAUACUACUAUGCCUGGCGUUACUGCAGUGGUUGCGAAUUCCUGCUGGUGAAGAUGCAGGUGAAGUGAGGUGACUUCGUGCACAGCCCGUCUAUCUUUGAACAGCAGACUUUAGAGUCCCAGCAAAACGCAACCCUGUUCUCUACGGCGGCAGAAAGAGUCCUAGGAGAUGGAUGGGCUGGGGGGCUCAUCCCAGCGGCAUCGCGCCCAGGACCGGGAAAUAGAACAGCGCUAUGCCAACCUGCUCUCGCCCAUCCGAGACCUGACCAAGAACUUCGAGGUCGACAUCGCUGCAUACCUGGACCAGUACCUGGGGGAGUUGUCACAAACUCCAAUCACCUACCAGGAAGGCGAGUCCAGUGUAAAUUUCACCCAGGCAGCCUUUCUGAUCCAAGGAAGUGCCUUUGUCUAUGGCAAAAAGGUGGAAUACCUCCACUCCCUUGUACAAAAGAUGGCGGGAGAAAUUGUUCAUAACAGCCUAAAAGGUGACACACAGGAGAAUGCCAAAGAAGGAGGCAGUUCAUCAGCGCGGCGGAAAAAGGACGACACGCAGUUUAUGAUGCAUGAAGACAUGGAGGUUGCGGACAGCUUGGAUGACCUGACGACCCCGCGGCAAGCAGCGCGGAACCAGGCCGCCGCGCAGCGGAAUCAGUUCCGGAGACAGCGCCGGAGACCUCUGGCCAUGGUCGUCUUUGACACGGAAAAGGAAACCAAGCUCUACGACCUCAAGGACGAUGUGGUGGGUUACCAGGUUGACUAUCGGCUGUACACUGGAGUGCACGAAAUGGCCGAGUCCCAGGAUGAGCAGCAGCAAGAGAAUGGUCGGGAUGCUGAUCCUUCCGCUUUGCUUUCCAUGUCACCUAUGGGCUCCACUCUGGACAUGGCCGAUGAUUGCGGACCAGCCUCUCCACUGUCGGUGAUAGAGGAUGCUGAAAUGGUCCCCUUCUGUGGAGACAUCGGGGCCUUCGAGGAGUGCCCAGCCAAGCCAGACGUGGAGGAGACAUCCACAGUGCCUGUUCCUCCGGUCCGGCAGUCAAACCUCGCCAAGCGCAUCAAGGAGGAACGCAUCAAGCACGAGGUAGCGCUGCAGCAGCAUCCAGCACAGCCAUUCAUAGUGAUCAAAAGGCUACAUGACCCCGUGGAGGAAGUGCUCGGGAAGGAUAAGCCGCUGAUGAUUCGCCGAAAGCGGAAGAGGGCCUUAGACGACUCCAGCGACAGUGUUUCGACUGUCAUCGUCCCUGUCGCCACCAUCUGGGUCAAGCAGAGCCACUAUCCGCAUUUGUUGACCAAGGAGCUGCAGCUGCGGAAGCAGGGGGAAGUGCUGCCGGGAGGGGAGCGGUGCCUUCGACAAACUCUGGAAGUUCCUGAAGCAGAUGAACAAAGAGAAGGACCAGAAUGCUGCCAGUGGAAUAAGGACGGAUUUGAAGACACCGCCGAGGACGUGGAUGGCGUCGACGACAUGCCAUGUGAUGACCUUCCGGGGGCAGAAGAUGAAGAGAAGGACUUCGAUCUGGCGUGUUCUGCCAACAUCAUGCUGCCCGAUGUGGCUGAGCCAGGCCCACCUCCGUCGGAUGAGUCCACAGAAAAAGACUCUUACGAGCAGCUGGUCCAUACCUACCUGCAGGAGUUCCAUGAACCUUUGUCGGAGUGCCAGCUCUCUGACCUGCAAAAGAGAGUGGCUGAUUGGGAGAGUCGAAUCAGGCCUAUGCUCGAUAUUGAAGAGGAGCGGGAGAGUUUCAACAUUCGCACCUACUGCAAUCGAGUGCUGGACCAUUUCUCUGACACGCCAUCCAAGCAGACCCUCUACUUCCGCCAGAUUUGCAGGGGCCGACAGGUAUGGGAGGUGUCUCGGUACUUCGCCUCCACACUGCAACUGGCCAACAACUACAAUGUGGAGCUCAAUACAGAUGGCGUGAUGGAGAAGGGCAUGGACACGCUGCAACUCACAUUGCUUUCGCGGAAGCAGCACUUCCAUGAGCUUGAAGAGUUUGGUGACAACCAUGUCAGCUUGACGAACUCAUCCGAGCCAGCGAGGAAAGGCAAACAGGCCAACAACUACAAUGUGGAGCUCAAUACAGAUGGCGUGAUGGAGAAGGGCAUGGACACGCUGCAACUCACAUUGCUUUCGCGGAAGCAGCACUUCCAUGAGCUUGAAGAGUUUGGUGACAACCAUGUCAGCUUGACGAACUCAUCCGAGCCAGCGAGGAAAGGCAAACAGGCCCGCAAGCGGCCACCAGCCGUCUCGUAUCCAGAGGACCCCAGUGAUGUGUUGCGUGAAAACCCCGUGGUUCCCGACCCUGACUUUUGCGCCGACCCACGGCUUCCUCGCACUGUGCGGACAACUGUGCGCGCCAAGUCGCGAAUGCGCGCCCUUGCUGCGGUUGCGUCGCUAGCAGAAGACUCCUCUGAAGGUGAAAACGACGAGAACAUGGCGACGGCCUUUGUGUAACUCGACCGACUCCUCCUCGGUGGUGGCCAUUAUGUGUAUGUGUGUGUGUGUGUGCGUGCAAGCAACGUUCGGCAUGGCCUUCUCGCGACCACUUCAUCUGCUCCCUUUUUUAAAUCAGCAAUCACUUACUGCACAAGAAAAACGGACAAGAGUGCAAGUAAUUUUUACUGUAUUGGUUUUGCUAGUUUCUUCAAGGAUGGUUUUUUUUCUGAAUCUUUCCAGCUUGAACAUUUUAAGCUUUUACUUUCAUUUACUUUUAUUUUGUAGUACCAUAUGACACAAGAUUUAACGAAGGCAACAAACCCUGAAUUGGUUUGGGCUCAGGUGAGAUGCUGCAUUGCAUUCUCAGCCAACCAGCUGAUUGCCACCCAUCUUGAGCUUUGCACGUAACUUAAUCUGAUGCACUACAUGAAUUGGCAAUCACGGAUGACUGGACCAUUGCAGUUAUCUUUCUGCUUGCUGCCUUCAUGCAUUGUGCGAGACUUAAAGCCAAGCACCAGGCAGAUUUGGUAAGCCACCCUACGUUUAUUGGAAAUUGGGCAGAGUCGUGGAGGCGGAGAAGCAGCCGAGAUUAGCUGCCGCUUCAAGCUAGUGUACAGCAUGUACUCUUGCCUGAGCCUGUGGUUUACGGUAUCUUAAAUUUGCUCGUCUAGAUUUUAUCUUGCCGUGCAAUGUUUAGCAAAAGCAGGGCUGGCAUCGUGUGACAGUUGCCUCCGUCCCCAGUUCCAUUGUGUCCCCAGUCUGGCUGAUCCUUACGAUGAUGUGGGCAGGGUGCUGCUCGUGCCAUCGAGUGAAUGGAAUAGAACAGUUGCAACAUGCCAGCCCAGGUCUGCUUUACAAGAGCUGGAGCUGGAGGGGUGUCUUUCGGGGCCGGAGAUGUUGUAGACAUGAGCCUUUUUGCUUGUGUUUUCCUUGCCGAUCAUCACACAUACAUCAUCGCCUCACCUUCUCAUUGUUGUCCAAACUGCUUACAGUUGGACUGAUGUAGAACUGCCUUCACUUCAUCUUCCCGUGUUUUAAAAUGCUUUUACCUGGAGCAGAUGCUGCCUUGCAUAUUCUAUGAGUUCAUAUGUUUCCCAAGGUACUUUCAGUGCACAAAAGUUCUGUGUGAUGCCCUUUUUUGCUUGACAUCUGCACCUUUUAGUGUUGGCGUGUUGCUGGACAUCUCAAGAUAACGUUGUCAGAUAUAGCUGCAACGGACUUGUCUGGAAACCAGCUGAUUGAUCAUACAUUUCUUGGCUGCCUUUAGCCAACAAUGUACUGUGCAACAGUGUGAUUAGCAUUUCUAAACACCUUGUGUCUGGAUUUGCAGUCUUAUGUUCAGAGGUGUGCCUGCCUUUCAGAAAUCAUGCAUCUUAGCCAAUUUGAACACAUGUUGUGUGUCAAAUAUGUAUGUGAAGCAGCAGUCGUAAUGGUUUGACUAACUGAUUUGUUGUAAAUUGCCGUAUCAGUAUACGUUUGGCAUAAGACAGUGCAUAUCAAAGGAAAUUUUUUCUUGAUCUGGCAUUACUACAUGAAAAUAUUAUUCAUGCAAAACAAAAAAAAAAGGGGACAAUUGGAGAAAACUGGAAAUUGUUGGUACUCAUCAUUCAUGUGUUCACUUGUUUCUGACAAACAGUGUGCAACAGCCAACUGUGACAGAGAGACUGGAUUUUUGUGUGAUGACUAAAAUGUGAUAAGAGUGUAUGACAGCUUCCACUACUGAAAGUGCAAAUUAUGAAGGGAGAGAGGCUUUUCAGUUGUAUAUUUCAUACUGUACUAGCUGUGAACAUUUAGUGGUGCCCUUAUGUAAACCUUUGCACUGAUAUGUUGCGUAUGCAGCCAGUUAGCUGCCGCGAUGCAUUUUUAAAAACAGUUUGUUUUGUAAUUGCAAAGCACAAGCACUUUGGCGUAAGUUUGGUGAUGGCAAGGCAGAUGCUGAAUAUAAAGAUGUGUGCUUUGUAGAAAGGAAGACUGCAGUGCCUUACCAAUUGAAAUGCGGCAGGAAAAAAAGAGCACCAACUGAUCACCAUUGCAGUCUGGGGUUCCUCUUCCUCUUACAAUCCUUAUCCCACAAGUCUUGAAACAAAUUAAGAACUGUGCUAUCAUCACAUCUGCUUAUAGGAAUUGACAAGAAACUCUUGCUAUCAUCACAUCUGCUUGUAGGCACUGACGUGUAAUAAGCGUUUCCAUAGCCAUUGUACAGCUUGUGUCGCAGUAUUUUUGUCUUCUUCUAUACCAUGUCUUCGCAAGGAAUUUUCAAGUUGUUCCGUUUUGGCUAAUAUAGCCACGCUGCUAUUUUUUUCGACAGUUUCAUAGGCCCUUGUGUGCACAAAAGGGCGUGUUACGAUGUUCAGUUGCCAAUGUGACAGACAUCUGCAUCAUUUCAGCCUGUGCAGAGGUUGAAAAAGAAUGCAUGCUUAGCCAGAAAUUUAAGCAUAUGGCAUGGCUUGAGCCCACCUUGGAGGAGGAGCAAAAAAGAAAAAGAAAGAAUGUUGAAUGCUCACUUUAGGUUCGGUGGAGAAACAACGACCCGCACAUUGUUGCAUUAAUGUCGCUAACCGGAGCGUUAAGAUUUUGCCUUAAGAGUCAUUGUUGCUUUUUUCGGCAGGCUGCACUGUUGUCCCGCAUGGGGGGGAGUUGCGAUCCAGGCGGUUGUACUUCUGGGACACUGCAGGUGUCUGUGUGUACAGCCUACUGCAGUUCUAUUUAUGUAGAGACAUUGUAAAUAGUGUAAAAAAUUAACCAAAGCAUCGGCAAAACACCACAGCUGCCAGCUGGGGUAGGUGGCAUGCUACAUUUUAUUUUCUUGCUGGUUCCUGUAUAGUAUAAUAUGUCCAUAUUUGGAAAAGCAUCACAUGUAGAGUUCACUGUUGUUUUCAGACCAAUGUCAUUCAUUCAGAUUGCCUUUUCUACCCACAUUUUUUUUUUUUCCAACAAUGAAAGCUUGUAUUGUGUACCCAUUUGAUGAACAACCGACGCAUUAUUUAAUGAGAAGAAAAAAAUUUAUUUGUGGCAAUGUUCUGAGGAAAUUAAAUGCUUAUUGAACUGGUUUCCUGCCUGUUUGUUGCAAUGCCAGUGAGUACCUAUUUG